GAUGGGGCCUGCAAUGUUCCGAUCAUCUUCCUCUUCCUUAUCAGCCUGGGUCUUGUCUCCAUGGUGACCUAUCAGAUGGUGCAGAUCAUCAACAUCAAAGACCAGCUCAGUCUACUGCGGCAACAAUGUCCAUGUGAUAUCAUUGUUGAGCAGGGAGACGAGUCAGAGGGUCAGGAAAGACAUAAACGACAAGCUCCGCCCGGCGUUAGUCUCAACCAGACUGUCGUCUCAUCCCUGUUACCAUACGUGGAUACUUUGUUCCAGCAAAGAUGUGUGAGCAAUCAGUCCCUGUGUAUAGCAGUUCCUGGUCCAAAGGGAGAUCCAGGACAGCAGGGCUUGAAGGGUGAUGCAGGAGUGAUGGGACAGAAAGGAGAUAUAGGCACCAAGGGCGAUACGGGACAGAAGGGAGAAAACGGGUUGACAGGUGUGGCCAAUGCGACAGGUACGAAAGGUGAACCCGGGGUCAAAGGUGAACAAGGUUAUGACGGCCUACAAGGCUUGAGUGGAUACAAAGGGGACGUUGGCCCACAAGGUAACAAGGGAGAGGUCGGCAUGAUGGGUCCAACUGGACUUCCAGGUACCAAGGGGGACCAAGGGGUAUCAGGCUUACAGGGAUUACAGGGACUACAGGGACUACAGGGCGAUAGUGGCGUUAAUGGAACCCAAGGUCCGGCAGGAGUAAAGGGGGAUAUCGGCGUAACAGGCCCACAAGGCCUACAGGGACCACCAGGAACCACUGGUCCUCUGGGAACGAAAGGAGACAUCGGACCUGUAGGACCAUUUGGUCCCGCAGGAGUUAAAGGCGAUCCUGGUACAAAUGGUUUUGAUGGAGCCAAGGGCGACACGGGUCCCAUGGGUCCUAAAGGUGAUUUGGGUGAGAAAGGUGAACAUGGUUUACAGGGUCCAAUGGGAAUCAAUGGUCAACAAGGGUCGGCCGGGCCAGCAGGUGUAAAUGGACUUAAAGGAGAACCUGGCAUUCAAGGAUUGAAGGGUGAAACGGGUGCAACAGGACUGACCGGUCCUGCGGGAACCAAAGGCGAUAUGGGUCCCGCCGGACCCAGUGGGGUGACAGGCGUGAGAGGUGAUAAAGGGGAGAGUGGACCUUUCGGACCAGCUGGACCAGCUGGUAUGAAGGGAGAUCAAGGAACGCCUGGACCUCAGGGUAUCCAAGGUGUUAACGGACCAAAGGGUGAUAUGGGAUCUCAGGGGAUGAAAGGCGAUACCGGAAGUGAUGGUCCGUUUGGUCCGAGAGGUUUAAAGGGUGAGCAGGGGCCUGCUGGAGCUCCUGGUUUACAAGGUCCGACAGGACCAAAGGGUGACAUGGGACACAAAGGUGACACAGGAUCGCCCGGUCUGUCCGGGAAUGACGGGGCUGUGGGUCCUAAGGGAGCCACAGGGGCUCAGGGCGAGAAGGGUUCCACUGGACUCUCCAGCAAUUGUUGUAACAUGCUUUCAACACCUCACUUCCAGGGAGGGAACACUUUCGUCGUACGUGCCAGGGUCGGGGCGACAAUACUUCUGCCCUGUCGGACCAAUGGCGGUUACCCAACUCCCACUGUGAGUUGGGUCAAGGACGGAGGUAAUGGAACGUUGAUGACAUCACAAGGCACCCCAACGUCAUCGGGGUUGAUUUUGCGUGACGUAAAGGCACAGGACAGCGGCAAAUACAAGUGUCACGCCGAGAAUGCUCUGGGUUCCGUGGAGAAAACAGUCAUCGUCACUGUAGAAGAUGAAACCCCACACAUCACCGCGAAUCAGAAGGUCAUUGGCGUGGCAGUUGGCGAGUCUGUUAACAACGUUUGUCAGGUGACACACGCCAAUAACGUGACCCUUAUCUACUCAAAGGUCAACGGACUGCUCCCCACCCACAACAUCCUUCCAACCGGAAAUAUAGUUUUCUACUUCCGGUCUGCGUCAAACAGCGGGGAAUACCGCUGUGAUGCCAUUACCAGUAAGGGAACAAUCUCCACUCAUUUUUAUGUGUACGAGCGGAUGGACAAGAUGACGUGUGCUACAACUUUCGCUGACUGUACAUCUAGUGAUAAAGCUAUGUGUGGUGGAGACUGUCCUGCCGGAUGUACGGACUUGGACGCUACCCACCAGCUCCACGCACAUCGAUUCUCACUGAGUCUCCCUGUAUGCUCAGCAGCCAUCAAUAGUCAAACUAUCUCAGGAAAAGGUGGCCAUGUUAUCUGGAAAAACGCACACGUGGUUGGUGGUGAAGCGGCCGAGUUUGUGACAAAUUUCCCGUAAACCUACCUGUAUACACUCCAUAGUGAUGAUGUCAAAUAUAAAUGACACUACCAGACUUGUAGGUCACGACUAUUUACACGCGUGCUGAAUGAUAUUAUUCUGUAUUUGUUAUAUAUCUGUUUUACUGAAUAAACGGACAAAUGACCAUAGUGGUAUAUCAUCAUUACAA